GAACUUUAAGGACACUGAUCUCUGGCUGGUAGAGGGUUCAGCACACAUACCAGAGUUACGAGUCACGUGCCAGAAGGGCAAACUGAACACGGAAUUAGAGGGAACUCGAUGUCUCCGGCUUGCACUGGUCUUCUCUUGCACUAGAAUCCUUCAUCCUGCUCCCAGUCCGGGACGUCCAGGCAACAAGGGCGUGGAAACUUCUAGCCCAGUGGUCAGUCAUGGCAUGCCCCCUGGAUCAGGCCAUCGGCCUUCUCGUGGCUAUCUUCCACAAGUACUCUGGCAAGGAGGGUGACAAGCACACCCUGAGCAAGAAGGAGCUGAAGGAGCUGAUCCAGAAGGAGCUCACCAUUGGUGCUAAGCUGCAGGAUGCUGAAAUUGCAAGGCUGAUGGAUGAUCUGGACCGUAACAAGGAUCAGGAAGUAAACUUCCAGGAGUAUGUUGCCUUCCUGGGGGCCUUGGCUUUGAUCUACAAUGAAGCUCUGAAAUAAAAUGGGAAGGCAGAGAUGCCUUCUGGGAGGCUAUCCCAGUCAAGUCCAGUGGGGGGGUAAUUAUACAAUAAAUAUUUCGUUUUUGUUAUGUCUA